AUGGGCAAGAAAUCGUCUCAAAAGCCGGCCUCCAAGACCUCCUCCGCGGCGGCUCUCUCAGUCGCCGACGCUACAAACACAGGGAACAAGUCUUCGAUUCUGAAAGCGGCAUUUGCUCCGUCCGACUAUCAAUUGGCGUUAUUCGCAUCUGUUAUCCAGGGUCUUGAGGGUCAGAAUCUCCGCAUUCACGAUACAAAUACCGGCCGGUUGCAGUGUGAGCAUGUCUUGGGCCCAAAGGAACUUGUCACGUCGUUGGACUGGGGUCAUUAUGGUGGACGACGGGACCAGUCAAAGAAGAAGAGAAAGCGCGCUUCCGAUGUCAAUGGAACAGCCGACCUCGACCAAGGCGACGUAGUUGUCGCCUUCGGUACGAACACCUCCGACAUCCGCAUGUACUCGCCUGCUGAAGAUAGGAUUGUCGGAACUCUUGCGGGUGGACAUACAGGCGGCGUCAAGGACUUCAAAUUUACGGCAGACAAGCCUCAUGAGGGUUGGAGCAUCGGUGGGGACAACAAGCUGGUCCAGUGGGAUCUUGUUACCGGCCAAAGGACAAAGGUAAUUAGCCUUUCGACCACCUCAGCGUUCAGCACACUUUCCCGCCCGCUCGCCUUGAACCCGCCCGUCAUCUGCGCAUCUCAGACACCCCACAUUGUCAACCUCGAGGAAGACUCGACAAUCACAUUCCCUGCAAUGCGAAACUCAAUACAAACUAUCAUCACUUCCUCGACAAGCUCCGUCUCUGAUGGGUUGUUCCUGGCGUCGGACAAUGACCGCUACAUCAACGUCUUCGACCCUAAGGACGGGCAACUUUCCAUGAACCUUGUGGCCGAGAGAGAAGUAAACUCGCUGUCCCUAUAUUCCAAACACGGUGUGGACUCGAAAUUAGCGCUGGAGAAGCAGGUUCUCGCAGCUGUUACUCAGGAUGGUACAAUCGAACUCUUUGCGCGACCAUUCGUGCGGCCGCGGGGCUUAGAAGGAACCAAGAGCUCCAGCUUGAAGGCGCGAUCUAUGCAGAUGACCAGACGAGCGGAGGCCUCGCUCAGGAUAACCAAGGCCUCCGGUUCGGAUGAUCUAGUUCCCGUUGUUGCGAUGUCGUUCCAGGGCCCCGAGCUCCUUGUUGCGUGGGCGCAUGGAGGUAUUGUUCCUCUGUUCGAACGGGUGAAGUGGCUCAACGAGGAAACCGAAGAGCUAGCAUUUACCGGCGUCAAGACUAUUGCCAAGACGAAGACUAGCUCCAUACUACAAUCGGCGACAACGAACGGAAUCAAGAACGCAAACGAGAGCCACGUAAACGAGAAGAGGAUAGUCGUUGAGCAAGGCGAUUUUGCGGAUGAUGACAUCGAUAUGGAAGAUUCCAGGCAGGAUCCGGUUUCUGAAGAGGACAGCGACGUAGACUCAGAUGACGACGCCGAACAGAAACCACAAAAGAAGGACGGGGCGCCAGGCCAGGGAGAAGCUGAGAGCGAUGUGGAAAUGCAGAACGCUGCAGCAUCGGGAGCGGAGGACGAGGACGAAGAUGAUGAGGAAGAGGCAGGUGCUGAGCCAUCCUUUGGAGAACUCAUGAGGGCCCAUGCUGCCGAACAAAUCGAUGUUGAAGCCGAACUUGAAGAUGAUGUUCACACCCGUUCUCUCAUCCCCGGAAAGCCGAUCACGACGGUUCAGCAAAUCCCUUCUGGAGUCUCCCUAUCCACAGUUCUCUCACAAUCGCUCAAGACAAACGACAAUGACAUGCUCGAGGCAUGCUUCCACACGGGCGAUUCCGGUACCAUCCGCACCACCAUUCAACGUCUCGACUCUCCUCUGGCGGCAACCCUCCUCCAGAGACUGGCCGAGCGACUGUCCGCCCGCCCCGGCCGAUACGGUCACCUGCUCGUCUGGGUCCAGUGGACAUGCAUCGCCCACGGAGGAGCCCUGGCGGGUAACAAGGAUCUCCUCAAGCAAAUGUCCACUCUCUUCAAGGUGAUGGACCAGCGCUCCUCAACCCUCUCUUCUCUCCUACUUCUCAAGGGCAAGCUCGACAUGCUAGACGCCCAACUCGGCCUCCGCCAAUCUCUCCGCGAGAACGUAGACCACAUGGACAGCGAAGACGAGGAGAACGUCAUCUACGUUGAAGGCUACGACGAUGAGGAAGACGAGGAUAGCGACGCCGAGGCAAUCAAGACCAUCGACACGCCGCGCACAAAGGCCAUCCGGGAUCACACCGACAUCUCGAUGAUUGACGAAGACGAAGAUGCAGGCAGCGAAGACGACGAGGAGGACGACGAAGAAGACGACGAAGAAGGCCCCAGUGCCAUCCUCGAUGUGGAAGCCGAAGAGUCAGCCGGCUCCUCGGACGCCGAGGAGUCCCUUGACGAGGACGAGGACGAGGAUGAAGACGAUGACGCCGACAGCACCGGUUCGAUUGCGAACUUCAUCGCGGAUACAGAGGAUGACGACUCAGAGGCAGAGGCUCUUUCGCGGCCUCCACCGUCAAAGAAGGCCAGGAUAAGCCAGGGAGGCGGGAAAGGGAAGAAACAGGCCGGGUCGGGAAGGAAAUAG